UUACAUUGGUACAUCCAUUGAGCGGUGGGUGGGUGACGGUUUGUCGAUGUCAGUGUGCUCGUCGCUCCUUGGAAGAAACGAGUCACGAUCGGAGAGGCAGUCGUCGUCAGGUGCUCGAAAAUAAAAAAGAUCAGCGACCGUGUCUCGUUGACGCGGUCGAGGAAGACAAAUAUUAUAGCGGAUUGCACAGGAUCGUGUAAAGAUUAUCCCGUCGAUGACUGUUGGUUCGAACCGUUCGCCCCUUCGGUGAAUAUCAAUUGAAAAGCAAACGUGUGGCAAGAUGCAAAUUUGGCAAGUCCUGAACGUGUUCCAUCGCCUCGUGGAAUUGAUCGUGAGAGGAACAUUAUUGUUAAUCGCUUACAUCAGCGGGCCGGCAGACUCUCAACCACCUAUCAAAGAUUUAACUCUCCUGCACAGCGCGACUACUUUAGCGUUAAAAAUUCGAAACAAACAAUUAACUUCGGAGGAAGUGAUAUCUUCGUAUAUAGAAAGAAUAAAAGAGAUUCAACCGAUACUCAACUGUAUAGCUGCGGAACGUUUUACGGAGGCUCUUGAAGAAGCGAGAAAAUGCGAUGAACUAUUGAAAUCUCAGGACGCCCCGUCCGCAGAUUUGUUAGCCAAAGAGAAACCAUUGUUUGGUGUACCUUUUACUACCAAGGACUGUAUAAGAGUAGCGAAUAUGCAACAAACGGCUGGUCUAGUUAAACGAAAGGACAUUAGAGCUGAUAGAGAUGCAGAAGCGAUAAAAUUAAUGAGGUCAGCUGGAGCUAUACCUCUAGCAUUGACAAAUGUCUCGGAGCUGGCUAUGUGGUGGGAAAGCAGUAACUGUCUGUUUGGUACUACUAAGAAUCCCUACAAUACGAGACACAUUGUAGGCGGUUCUUCGGGUGGCGAAGGCUGUAUACAAGCAGCAGCUGGAUCGCCGGUUGGAAUUGGCUCGGAUAUUGGCGGCUCUAUUCGUAUGCCAGCAUUCUUCAAUGGUAUUUUUGGCCAUAAGCCAUCUAAAGGAAUAGUCUCGAAUGAUGGUCAAUACCCUAGUGCACACAGUGAUGACCAAGAUCAAUUACUCGCCAUUGGACCAAUGUGUAGAUACGCUCAAGAUAUUACAUUAAUUCUUAAGAUACUCGCAGACAAGAAUGCCGACCUACUAAAGCUGAAUCAAAAAGUUGACAUCUCACAAAUCAAGAUCUAUUAUAUGGAGGACGACGGCGGUCAAUAUUUAAUUUCCCCCGUGGAUCCAGAAAUAAAGGACGCAAUGAGAAGAAUAUUGAACUAUUUCGAGAAGGCGCACAAGAUUAAGGCCACGAAACUGACUGUAAAGAAAUUAAAAAAGGGUAUAGCUCUCUGGUUGGCAAAUAUGACGGCCAAGGAUCAGAAGGACUUUUCAUACGAGUUAACCAAUAGGAAUGGCCACAUUAAUCUUUACUGGGAAUUCGUUAAGUGGAUAUUAUGUAUGAGCGAUCACACUUUGAUCGCUCUUAUCACUGCCGCAUUCGAAAAAUGUGGCAUGAAGCAUGGAAGUGAGGAACAUGUUCGUCUUAUGCAACAAAGUAAAGAUCUUUGUCAGGAAUUUAAGGACAUUUUGGGAGAAGAUGGUGUGUUCUUAUAUCCGACCCAUCCAACUGCAGCUCCCAUGCACCAUGAACCGUUGUUCAAGCCAUUCAAUUUUUCUUACACUGCAAUAAUUAAUGUGUUAGGCCUACCGGCUACGGCUUGUCCGUUAGGCUUAAAUAAACAAGGGCUUCCUAUUGGGAUACAGGUCGUAGCGGGACCUCAUCAAGAUCGUCUGACGCUUGCCGUUGCGGAAGAAUUGGAACGAGGUUUCGGAGGUUGGGUACCUCCGGCAAUAAUAGCUUAACACUAUCAGUACUAUUAUGGACAAUAAUUCAAUGAAUGAAUGGCAUACACAUAACGCCUCAUCUUACCAAACCCUGCCAUCUUUCUCUUGCGAAAUAUUAUACUAUUUAUAUCAAAGAUUUUCAUAUGUAUGCGAACACAUUAUCAAGAUCAAGUACAAACUUAUAUAUGAAAGUUAUAUAUAUAUAACAUGCAUUUAAUAUGAAAUAUAUAAUUUGUUACAUUAUUUUAUAUUCUGUAAGUUUCAUGAUACAGAGUACACGAUAUGUUAUUAUUACUUGCAUUUAUGUGAAGUUCCAAGAAAAUAUUUGUAUUACAAUAUCUCUAAAUACGAGAAUGUGAUCUUUCUCAAUCUUGUAAUCAGUUGUUAAUUGGGACUCCUUGAUAUAAUAUAACAAUUAAUGUUGCGAUCAAUAUUGAUGUAGCUGAUUGUAUUGAUAUGAAGACAGUAUUUUACCCGAUUUGAUAUAAAAUUGGAACGCCAUCGCAUAUGUGCACUCUUACAUGAAAAAAGAAAAAAACCUGAAACUUCUUUCAAACCGGAUAUAUAUGAAAAAAUAGAGUUGUAUAUAAUAUAAUAUAAUAUUCACUAUUGUAUAUGUAAAAUUGCAGUACAUAUUUAUGUAUAUAUGCCUCAUAGAUUUCUAUAUAGAAUUUUCUAUUUUCAUACGUGAUAUAUGUAAACUCAGAUGGUAGCAGGGUGCUUUUGGUAUUAUAUGAUGAUAAUAUGCGCGUUCAAUGUUAUUUAAAAUAUGUAUUGAUGUUGAGAAUUUAUACACAUAUAUUUUAUCUACCAAGAAAUAAAUUUUUAUUAUA